UAACUGGUAAUCCUGUUUCAGAAGAUGCUAGUGGAAAGGCUAGGGCUACUACUAAGCAACGCCCAUCAAAAGUUGGUGCUAAAGCAAGUUCGAGCACUCAAAAAACUUCCAAGAGUGUCAAAGCAGGUCUCACUUUUCCGGUUGGACGUAUGGGUCGUCUGUUAAAGAAAGGUCGAUAUGCUGACCGGGUUGGAGCCGGUGCACCUGUCUAUUUGGCUGCAGUCAUAGAAUAUUUGACCGCUGAAGUCCUUGAACUUGCUGGCAAUGCUGCUCGCGAUAAUAAGAAACAAAGAAUUAUUCCAAGACACUUACAACUUGCUAUUCGAAACGACGAAGAACUGAAUAUCUUAUUGAAGAACGUUCACAUCUCUGAAGGUGGUGUCCUUCCGAAUAUUCACAUCGAACUGCUCCCGAAGAAGAAAGGCGAAAAAGGCAAGGCUGCAAGUGGUGCCAUGGCUCCAACUCCAAAGAAAUCUACUAAAGGCAGUAAGACUCCUUCUACAGCUGCUAAGGCUUAA